GAGUCUUGAGACGUCAGUGAAAUAAGAAGUCGCUCAAAUAUUUGGAGGAGCAAUUUUUAUUUCACCAACUGCAGAAAUGCAAGCGAUCAGGUCUCUGUUUGUCCCAAAGUGGUCUUCAGAUGUGGUUCUGGAGGGAAAGACGGCUAUGGUGACGGGGGCUAACACUGGAAUUGGGAAAGAGACAGCUAAAGACCUGGCCGGCAGAGGUGCGCGGGUGAUUUUGGCAUGCAGAGACAUGGCAAAAGGAGAGCAGGCUGCUCGUGACAUCAUGAGAGAGGUGAAGGGAGCCAAGGUAGUCGCCAGGCAACUGGAUCUGGCUGACACCAAAUCAAUCUGCCAGUUUGCUGAGAAUAUCUACAAUACUGAAAAGGCUCUUCACUACCUGAUCAACAAUGCAGGUGUGGCUAUUUGCCCUCAUGCAAUGACAGUGGAUGGAUACGAGAUGCAGUUUGGAGUCAAUCACUUGGGCCAUUUCUUCCUGACCUUCCUGUUACUGGACUUGCUGAAGCACUCAGCCCCAUCCCGGAUUAUCAACGUGUCUUCGGCAGCUCACGCCAUGGGCAAGAUCCAGUUUGAUGACCUGAGUGGUGAGAAGGACUAUCACCCCGUUAGGGCCUACGCACAGAGCAAGCUGGCCAACGUCCUGUUCACCAGAGAGCUGGCCAAGAGGACCGAGGUCCAAGGUGUGACGGCUUACUCAGUGGACCCUGGAAUGGUGAACACUGAGAUAACCAGGCACAUAAGGCGCCCUCUUGUGGAUCUAUUCAAGACCUUCAGUUUCCUGCUCAGGACCCCGGCAGAGGGAGCCCACACCAUCAUCUAUUGCACCGUCACUCCCGAGAACCAGUUGCGCACUGGAGGAUACUACAGGAACUGUGCCAUUGCAGAGAGCUGCAGGGCAGGUCAGGAUGAUGGCACUGCCUUAAAGUUGUGGGCUGUGAGCUGCCACCUGCUAGGCAUACGCUGGAGAUAAACUCACAGCCUUGACAGCGUGUGCUCUCCCACAUACCAUAAGUCAGUGUUCACAGGCUCAUGCAAAGAUAACGCUGAUGCAAUAAAUAUGGUGAUGCUAGACUUGUUGAAUGCUGAAAAUGUGCUUUAUGUGGAUGGAGAAAAUUUGUGUAAGUAGGCAAGCAGGAAAAAAUUAAGAUAAAAUUAAUAAAAAUA